CCGCAUCUCAUUUAUCGCACCUCGUCUUUCCCACAGCUGAAUUCUGCCGCCAUGUCUCUGGCUUUCCCCGCGCUCCGUCAGUCCCGGCUGCUUUGCCGCUCGAGCACCUCUAUGAAGCCUGCUACUAUCCAGAUGCUGACCCGGUGCUAUAGCGACACAUGAUAAUCUGUCUAGCUGAAAUGUACAUGGACAUCGCUGAGUUGGCCUGCCUGUCUGCUCGUCACAGGUUCCUCUGGCCCGUAGUCUCGAGACACAGAGUAUUGAAAAGGCCCAAAGCCGUCUCUCCAACACAACCACUGCCACCAUUGAAUGCUGGGCAGCGUAGCACCAAACCCGUCUAUCGCACAUGGUUGCCAGGUCCAUGUCUGCGAGUAUUCGAUACAUGGCAAUCCGUAGCAGUGAACAAGACUCGGCCAGCUCUGGGAGCUCCCACUGCAGCUGCAUCACGGAUGCACACGGUUGCGUCACACGACAUGAUGGCACUCAUGGGUCGUCUAGCGUGCGAACUGACAGUCAAGUUUGACAUUGGUGGGCGGGACGAGCGGGGGGAACAUGUUUCGAGAGAUUGGGCGCCAACGGGAGAUAUAUACGGCCUCUCAAGUAGAGUAGUUCUCAUGGCUAAAUUGCACGUCUUGUUUGGAUGUUUUGGCUUCGUUGCUGCUGAGCCUGUUGCAUGGUAUCCGAGCGAGCCCCGUUCAGGCCCUGUACCCAUCGCGCCCAUACCACUUCUCGAACCUGGAUCUGCCGUUGAGUUGACGCACAAUCGACAAAGGCUUUCUGAUGCCCAUGCACUGCCGCCACCGAAUCCGCCUGUGCAGCACUUUGCUCUCGCAUUACAUGGGCCCCCCUCGCCGUGGCAGGAUGUGACGGCGGUCCAUUGUUCCGUUCCUGAUACUUCAAAGCAACACUUGGCUGGCAGAUCUGCCUUUGCAAGCAAGCUCAUGUGCAUAUAGAGGCUUCGCUCGUGAUUCCGUCCAAGGGACUUUUUGCAGCCUCGCCAGGGUCCAUCUAUGCCGCAUCUUGUCCUCACCAACCCAGUCAGCGCGCAUAGGCAGCUUGGACGCGCUUCGGAGCCGUUUGUUGUGUUCACGGUAUCUGACCGAGACGCAACGUCCUGUCACUCUCACCUUACGACAUCUUUCUAAUCUCUCGCUUCAUCUUUCCGACCUUGGUGGGUGCGAAGCCGGUACGGGGAAUUCCAGCAAGACGGCUAGAGCAAAGACAGUUCCAAGCCGUCAUCGC